AAGCGUGUUGCAGUGAUGGGAGCGAUGGAGGUUUUUCUCCACUCAUUCAGCCCAGUUUCAGUUUUGGGGUCUGUGGUUUUAAUCCUCAUUGGGUUUCACUUUUUCCUCUCCAAGUCCAGGCCUCAGGGCCACAGACAGGGACCACCAGGACCAAAACCCCUUCCCAUCAUUGGCAACCUGCUGCAGCUGGAUGUUAAGAGACUUGACCAAGCAUUCCUGAAGCUUUCUAAGACGUAUGGAUCUGUGUUCACUGUCCACAUGGGACCAAAGAAGAUGGUGGUCCUGACAGGGUAUAAGACGGUGAAAGAAGCAUUUGUCAGUUAUGCUGAGGAGUUUGGAGAACGAGAAACACCCGUCGUGGCUAAAGAAGCAAAUCUGCAUCACGGUAUUGCGUGGACCAAUGGAGACUCCUGGAAGGAAAUGCGCCGCUUUGCUUUGACCAACCUGAAGGACUUUGGGAUGGGAAAGAGAGUAUGUGAGGAGAAAAUCAUUGAGGAAUGUCACGUCCUCAUCCAGAAGUUAAAGGAGUUUAAAGGUGAAGCUUUUGAUUCGUCCCAACAUAUAAACUAUGCAGUUUGUAAUGUAAUCUGCUCCAUGGUUUAUGGCAAAAGGUUUGAAUAUGAUGAUCUAGAGUUCACUACCGUUGUAAAUCGAACAAACCAAGUCAUUCAACUGUUGGGCUCGCCGUCAAUACAGCUGUACAACAUGUUCCCAAAGAUUGGCAAGCUGGUGUUUUCAGCCAGAAAGAAAAUGAGCGAUAUAUUUGCUGCCAAUAAACAACAUCAUCUGAUGCUGCUGAACCGUUUGAAAGAGACUCUCAGUCCACAGAUGUGCAGAGGAGUUGCAGAUGCUUUCCUCAUCCGUCAACAGCAACUCAAGGAAUCUGGGAUCACCGACAGUCACUACCACAACGACAACCUGCUGGUGACAGUCAUGAACCUGUUCGCUGCUGGAACUGAAACUACAUCAACUACCCUGAGAUGGGCAUUCCUGUAUAUGGCCAAAUAUCCAAAAAUACAAGACCAGGUCCAGCAGGAGCUGAGGAAUGUGAUUGGAAGUCGGCAGGUUCAGGUUGAAGACAGACAGAACCUGCCUUUUACAGACGCCGUCAUCCACGAGAUACAGAGAAUUGCCAACAUUGCUCCUUUGGCAAUUCCUCACAGGACUAGCCAAGACAUCACGUUCCAAGGUCAUUUUAUUGAGAAGGGAACUCCAGUAAUUGCUGUUUUAACGUCCGUCCUGCAAGAUGAGAGCGAAUGGGAGAAACCGAACGUCUUUUAUCCAGGCAACUUCCUCAACAAAGAUGGGAAGUUCCUCAAGCGAGACGCCUUCCUGCCUUUUUCAGCAGGUCGCAGGGUUUGCCUUGGAGAGAGUCUGGCCAGAAUGGAGCUUUUCAUCUUCUUCGCCACGCUCCUGCAGCACUUCCGAUUUUCUCCUCCACCUGGAGUUACAGAGGAAGAACUCGAUCUAACUCCACGAGUUGGUGGUACUCUGAGCCCUCAACCUCACACGAUCUGUGUUAUCCCUUUAAAUUAAGGAGGAGCCUACAUGUGGAAAAACCCCACUUUGGUCACAGUAGAAGGAAGAAAAGGAGUUUCAGGAAGGAAGGUCUAUAAUGGAAACCUUCAAACUCUAGGGCAAACCUCUUUGCAGAACAAAGAGAGGAUCUCUCCUUCGUCUGUCGUUCAUUUGGGCGACAUCAGCGAUACAACCUGAAAUCUCCUCCUGCUGGCAGAGGAAAGGUCCGAUUCUGCUUUUUGGAUUGAAAAUCCUCCAUGGGACUGCAUUGCAUCUGCCCAGCCAAAGAAAUAAACCUGAAUUUAGUCAGAAUUCUGUAGAAGGAAACUUGUAAUUACAGGAUCCCUAAGAUUACCAUCAACAAAUCCAUGAUUUCUUACUUUUGCAAAUUAUUAAAAUAUCUAUCAAUGCAGUAAUUGACAGACUAAGAAUCAAUUCAACAUAAGGUCAUGGAUAUCCAAUUCAGUCAAACUACAAAGUAUUAAUUUAUCAAAAAUAAAAUUGUGUCUUUGCACUGUGAAAUAAUACUUACAAAAUCUCAAUUAGUCUAAACUCUUCAGUGCAAUCUUUGGUCUUUUAGUUGCUAAGAGCUUUGUUCUAAAAAACAUGACAGAUUUUUAUGUGGAAAAAUAACUUGAGAAAACAAAAUCAAAACAACGAAAUGCCUAAGAUGUACAGUGAUAGCUAUAAAAAUAUAAUAUUAAGAAAUAUUUUUCAGUUUUUAUUACAUGUUAAGCCUUUCAUUGAUCUGAACUAAAUCUAGUACAAAGUGCUCUGUGGCUCAUAGCAGCAGAUCUGAGGAUAUUCAGAGACUUUAAAGGUCAUUAUUUCAUAGCUUCAUGGUUUCUCAUAAUACUGCAUGACAUAUUUUAAUAAUUUAACUAAUCGUCUCAAACACAGUCAGUUGGAGAAAGGAGAUGUUGAAUGCUGCUUUUAAGGAAAAUAUAUGUUUGGUUUUAAUGCAACUGGUAGAUUAUCAGCGAUUAAGAAAGUAAAUAUCACUUUUCUAACUACACCACUUAUUUUAUUUUACCACAAAGAUAAUUUACUUCUAAUCUGCAGGUAUAGUGGUGAACUCUUUGUUUCAAAAGGAAAUAUCAAAUACUAGAAAGAAAUGCAAUAUAGUAGUAAAUUACAUUAAUGUCUCACCAGUGUUGGGUUUUAUUGUGAAAAAAUGUGACACAAAUUAAAAUUGUCUGUAUAUAGAAAUUGGAGGGUUUCAUAUACAUAUAUGCAAUCAAGACAUAAAAUGAUGUGAAUAAAAUCUGUCCAUAAAUGUUUUACCACUCAGAAAGCAGAAGAUGAUACAUUUUUCGUGUUUUGCUGUAAUAAAGGUUUUUCUCCUGAA